CUCCCUCUUCCACCCGUCACCCUUCACCUUCCUCACCACCACACACCGUCACCCAUAGUAUGUUGAUUGGGCAUUCAUUUCUAUGGCAACAAUAUCUCUAUCUCCAACGCCCAUCUCCCUUUCUGCCAUGUCGACUAGGAGAUUGCCCCUCUCCAGCAACCCCAAUGUCGCCAACUCGCCGCUUCGAGGAGUCUUGACCACCCAUGGCUCCAAGAGAAUCCGCUCCCAUGCCGAGCUCCAGAGAGAGGAACCUUAUGGCCAGCCACCGCCGCCAAAACGUCAGAUGCUGGACAAUGGAGGCCAACGCUUCUUGAGGUCUCCCGCAGCCCAGAAGACAACUCGCCUUGUCAUUCAAAAGCCGUCAACUCGAGCCUCCACGACGGACCGGUCCUCCCAGUCCACCUCAUACAAGUUGACAGAGAAAGAGAUUGACAAUGUGCGGCAAUGGCAAGCCCAGACUCGGGCCCGUUUCCCCAAGAUGGUCUUCUACUUUGAGAGCCUUCCAGAUGAACAACGCGUGAAGCUCACGAAGCAGGUCACGCAUCUCGGUGCUCGAGAGGAAAAAUUCUUCUCCAUCAACAUCACCCACGUCGUCACAACACGUUCGAUUCCCUCGGAGAAAGCAGCGCAGGAAGAUGGCGAAUCGAAUGCCAAUACACAAGCAUCCCAUGAGCAGCCGAAAACCAUUGAUCCGUCCUUGCUUAACCGGAGCACCGAAGUUACGGCAAGCGCACCACCUGUAAAGAGAAAACUUCUCUUUGAAACCGCGUCGAGCAGGCGACUGCCAAUCCACGUCCACGAGGAUACCGUCAGAAGACCAAAGGCGCGCAAUGCCGAUGUCUUGUUCAGGGCUCGGGAAAUGGGGAAGAAAAUAUGGUCACUAGACAAGCUCCAGAAGAUUCUGGACAUGGUCCUGGAACCAGAUCCCUACAAGAGUGCUCUGCUGGGCCAAGGGUUGCGGAGUGCGGCCGUCAAGGAAAGCUCGGCUACAAGAGGAGCCGAGUCAUCUAACCUGCUUCAGCUUCUUCAGAAUGAGCGCGUGCAUGGUCCUUCUGAUAGAGAUCCCUCGGUCACCACCAAGGAGCUCAACUACUUCAAAGGUCCGUACAUCUAUGUGUAUGACAUUGAAGAGAAGCAAAAGCCCAUCAUGGUACGCGAAUACGCCAAGGUCGCGGAAAAGAAAAACGGGGACUGGCCUCAGUUCCGGGUUGCAUCCCAGGGCCGUUGCCCCUUUAUAGAGGAUGUCGAGCCGGCAGAGAGAGAGCGUAGCCAUGCAAGAGCGAAGGAACGAGUUUCGAAGGCGGCAGUUGAGGCGAAGGCGCCGGUCCUCAAACCACCACAAGCUCCGCCGCCGAAACCUGUCACAGGGAAGCGUACUUUGACCGAGAUGGAAGACGCUCAUAAUCGUGGACCUGCACCAGCUGCAUGCCAGCCGGCGAGGUUCGAUCUCACAAAGGCAUCGAAUCCCCCAACCGUGGAAUUCCGUGCUGAAAACGCCUUCACGAGCCGGGCAAGGGCCGGGCGCUUCUUUGCCGGAGAGCCUGUUGCAUCUGGCGUCCAGCCGUCGCACAUUACCUCCGCCAUCCGAUCCCAGAUGGUCUCGUCCACGUCGGGCACGCUUGGCGCGAAGGCCGGGACGAGCAAGGAGAUCCAUGGCUUGCAGCGGAAAGUCCUGCAAAAGAACAGCACGCCGGCCCUUUCUCAGGACCCGAGUUCCCGCCGCCUGGGUGAGAUGAGUCAUGAUAGCAACACGUUCAUCCGUUCGGCCAGUCUGGGAAGGACAGCGCAUCGCAAACCAGACAUGGUCGACGAAGACGAUGUGGCUUGUGGGAAGGCAACGUUGCGUAGGACCGAGAGCGCACCUGGUCCGGCCCAGACCAAGCAACGGAAGCGUGACCCCAAGCCUGGCUAUUGUGAGAACUGUCAGGAUAAGUUCGAUGACUUUGACGAACACACCAUGACUCGCAAACACCGCAAGUUUGCGGAUAACGAUGAUAAUUGGGCCCAACUCGAUUCCCUCUUGUCGCUGUUGAAGCGCCCCCCGAAAUAUCGGCUCGAUGGCGAAGAGGAAGAGCACUGGUAGGCAGUCUCUACUGGUCCUAUCGCCUGCCAGCAAUCGCAGACAUCGGCAUUCUUGAUCUCGAAACCCCCUCGCCGUCCUAUAUAUAUAUAACCGGCAUUGGUCGCAGACACCAAUUGCUCGGUAAUGAUAGCAACCUGAUUAUAAGCCAACCCUUUUUUGCUCAAACCCCCUUUUAUACCAUUCCUUUUCGUACGUGGCUUGUAGUCAGAACACCAGCAUAGCAACGCGCGGGCAUCGCAUUCCGGCAUAGCAUGGGGCACUCUCGGACGACCAAAAUAUCACAGGCAUUUGGCGUGGGGUU